AUGAAUAUUAUUGUGGCUUUGUUUAGUGGUAAAGACAUCGAUUGGGGAAUUCAUCAAAUGGACACCAGCGAGGAACGGAACGAAAUAACUGAUAAUAUAUUUGUAUCUUUGGUAACGUUUAGUGACCAUACGUUGCAUCAUUUAUUUCCGUCUUUAGACCACAGUGUAAUACCGUUCUUGCAAGACACCUACCUAGACACAUGUGAAGAAUUUGGCUUGGAUAGGACAUCAAAACCUUUCUCGUCCAUUGUACGCGGACAGUUUAAACAAUUAGUUCGCAUGACUCCAAACGAUCCGAAGAGAAAAUAA